CAAGACGGUCCCAGCGUCCGUCCAGCAGCCUCGCCCACCUUUAGAUCUGGAGACGAGCCAAGUCGCUUUAAAGGGCAGAAGACGCCCUGAAGAGCGCAUUUCCUAGGGAUGGGCGGGGCCAGGCCCUCCGCACCGCCCCUGUCGCCUCCUCGCGGACACGCCCUCCGCUCGGCUGGCGCCGGUGCCUUUAAGACCUCAGCGCGCGGCCCUGAUUGAGAAAUCCGCGCGCAGCCUCCGCCGCUGCACACUGCGGCUUCUGCUGAACCCCUGCCGCGCCGCCGCCUUCGCCAGCCCGGACCGGCCCGCGUUGCCUUCCUCCGCUCCAGCCGGCCUCCGGCCCCGCAACCUCCUCCUCGGCGAAGUCUCCCUGGCCGCCCCAUGUCGGCCGCCCCCGCCUACAGCGAAGACAAGGGCGGCUCCGCUGGCCCCGGGGAGCCCGAGUACGGCCACGACCCCGCGAGCGGCGGCAUCUUCUCCUCCGACUACAAGCGGCAUGAUGACCUGAAGGAGAUGCUGGACACCAACAAGGAUUCUCUCAAGCUGGAGGCCAUGAAGAGGAUUGUGGCGAUGAUUGCCCGAGGAAAGAAUGCUUCAGACCUGUUUCCCGCGGUGGUGAAGAACGUGGCCUGUAAGAACAUAGAGGUGAAGAAGCUUGUCUACGUGUACCUGGUACGCUACGCUGAGGAGCAGCAAGACCUGGCCCUGCUGUCCAUCUCCACCUUCCAACGUGGCCUAAAGGAUCCCAACCAGCUGAUUCGUGCCAGUGCCCUCCGUGUCCUCUCUAGCAUCCGUGUGCCCAUCAUAGUGCCCAUCAUGAUGCUAGCUAUCAAGGAAGCCGCCUCAGACAUGUCACCCUAUGUGCGGAAAACAGCUGCCCACGCCAUCCCUAAACUCUACAGUUUGGACUCUGACCAGAAGGAUCAGCUGAUAGAAGUCAUUGAGAAGCUUCUGGCUGACAAGACCACGCUGGUGGCGGGCAGUGUGGUGAUGGCCUUUGAGGAGGUCUGCCCGGAGCGCAUCGACCUGAUUCACAAAAACUACCGGAAACUCUGUAACCUGCUGAUCGACGUGGAGGAGUGGGGCCAGGUGGUCAUCAUCAGCAUGCUCACACGCUACGCCCGCACGCAGUUCCUGAGCCCCACCCAGAACGAAUCCCUGCUAGAGGAGAACGCGGAAAAAGCCUUCUACGGCUCAGAGGAGGACGAGGCCAAGGGCGCGGGGUCUGAGGAGACGGCCGCCGCGGCCGCCCCCGCCCGAAAGCCCUAUGUCAUGGACCCCGACCACCGGCUGCUGCUGCGCAACACCAAACCCCUGCUGCAGAGCCGCAGCGCCGCGGUGGUCAUGGCGGUGGCGCAGCUCUACUUCCACCUGGCGCCCAAGGCGGAGGUGGGCGUCAUCGCCAAGGCGCUGGUGCGCCUGCUGCGCAGCCACAGUGAGGUGCAGUACGUUGUGCUCCAGAACGUGGCCACCAUGUCCAUCAAGCGCCGGGGUAUGUUUGAGCCCUACCUGAAGAGCUUCUACAUCAGGUCCACCGACCCCACCCAGAUUAAGAUCCUGAAGCUGGAAGUGCUGACCAACCUGGCCAAUGAGACCAACAUUCCUACUGUCCUACGGGAAUUCCAGACCUAUAUUCGCAGCAUGGACAAGGACUUUGUGGCAGCCACAAUCCAGGCUAUUGGACGCUGUGCAACUAACAUCGGCCGAGUCCGUGACACCUGCCUCAAUGGCCUGGUGCAGCUGCUGUCCAACCGUGACGAGCUUGUGGUUGCAGAGUCAGUGGUCGUCAUUAAGAAAUUGCUACAGAUGCAGCCAGCACAACAUGGAGAGAUCAUCAAACACUUGGCAAAGCUUACAGACAACAUCCAGGUGCCCAUGGCCCGAGCCAGCAUCCUGUGGCUCAUCGGAGAGUACUGUGAGCAUGUCCCCAGGAUUGCACCUGAUGUCUUAAGAAAAAUGGCCAAGUCAUUCACAGCAGAGGAGGAUAUUGUCAAGCUGCAGGUCAUCAACCUGGCAGCCAAGCUCUACCUGACCAACUCUAAACAGACCAAGCUGCUGACCCAGUAUGUGCUGAGUCUGGCCAAAUAUGACCAGAACUAUGAUAUUCGCGACCGGGCGCGCUUCACCCGGCAGCUCAUCGUCCCUUCCGAGCAGGGUGGGGCCCUCAGCCGCCAUGCCAAGAAGCUCUUCCUGGCACCCAAACCAGCUCCAGUCUUGGAGUCAUCCUUCAAAGACCGGGACCACUUCCAGCUGGGCUCACUGUCCCACCUGCUCAAUGCCAAGGCCACAGGCUACCAGGAGCUCCCAGACUGGCCAGAGGAAGCCCCAGACCCAUCUGUGCGCAACGUGGAGGUACCUGAAUGGACCAAGUGCUCAAAUCGGGAGAAGAGAAAGGAGAAGGAAAAACCCUUCUACUCGGACUCUGAGGGGGAGUCAGGCCCCACGGAGUCCGCAGACAGUGACCCUGAGUCUGAGAGUGAAUCGGACAGUAAGAGCAGCAGUGAGAGCGGCUCUGGGGAGUCCAGCAGUGAGUCCGACAAUGAAGACCAGGAUGAGGAUGAGGAGAAAGGGAGAGGCAGUGAGAGUGAACAGAGUGAGGAGGAUGGUAAGAGGAAGACAAAGAAGAAGGUGCCAGAGAGAAAAGGAGAAGCGUCAUCCUCUGAUGAGGGCAGCGAUUCCAGCAGUAGCUCAUCAGAGUCCGAGAUGACAUCGGAGUCCGAGGAGGAGCAGUUGGAACCUGCCUCCUGGAGCAGGAAAACACCUCCCAGCAGCAAAAGUGCUCCUGCAACCAAGGAGAUCUCCCUGCUUGAUCUAGAGGAUUUCACCCCUCCCAGUGUCCAGCCUGUGUCUCCCCCAGCAAUUGUGUCUACCAGUCUGGCUGCUGACCUGGAGGGCCUGACACUCACAGACUCCACCCUGGUACCGUCGCUUCUGAGUCCAGUAUCGGGUGUUGGGCGGCAGGAGCUGCUGCACCGGGUAGCUGGCGAGGGGCUGGCUGUGGACUACACCUUCAGCCGCCAACCUUUCUCCGGGGAUCCCCACAUGGUGUCUGUGCACAUCCACUUCUCCAACAGCUCUGAUACCCCCAUCAAGGGCCUGCAUGUGGGCACUCCCAAACUGCCUGCUGGCAUCAGCAUCCAAGAAUUUCCCGAAAUUGAGUCCCUGGCACCUGGAGAAUCUGCCACUGCUGUAAUGGGCAUUAAUUUCUGUGACUCAACCCAGGCAGCCAACUUCCAGCUGUGCACCCAGACCCGACAGUUCUACGUCUCCAUUCAGCCACCUGUUGGGGAGCUGAUGGCCCCUGUGUUCAUGAGUGAAAAUGAGUUUAAGAAGGAACAGGUUACAACACGACUGCGGCUGUUGAAACAUAGAAACAUCCACAGACAGUAUGUAAAUGAACGAGUAUGGCUCUGUUCCAAGAAAUUUCCAUUUAUAUUUAUAGAUACUGAAGUUUAAAUUUCAUGUAAUUUUCAUGUGUCAUGAAGUAUUAAUCUUUUGAUUGCUCCCCCAACACUUAAAAAAUAUUAAAAACAUUGUGGGCCAUAUAGGUGGUGGGCUGGAUUUGGUCUGGAGGCUGUAAUUUGCAAAACCUCUGGCCUAGAAGAAAGAAGAGUGGCUUGGGCAAGGGAGGAGGGAAGAUCAUGGUUAGUUUUGGAUAAGCUGAUUUUGAAAUGCAUUUGGGAAAUUCAGGAGGAGCUAUUUAGUAUGCAAAUAAAAAUAUGGGUCUAUGCCCAGGAAACACUUUGAAGCUGGAGUCAUGAACAUAGAGGUGGUAAUGGAAGCUGUGAAUAUGAAUGAGAUCACUCUGGGAGGUGGGAGAAACUAGGAAGGCCAAGGACAGAACCUUGGGGGAAAACCUGAAUUCUGCAGAAGAAAGAGGAGGGGAGGGAUAAGAGAAGGAGCACAGGGAGAGGUGGGAGGAGAACCAGGAGAGACAACAAGGCAGAAGGUGUCUGCAAACCACAGUUACCUAAGACCUUCAGAGUCAGCAUAUAAAAGGCUACUGCCAACCUGAGGGAGAGAGGGUCAUUGCUAAAGGAGGGACAGAGGCCAACUGCAGUGGGUUGAGGGAGACCACGGCUCAAGUACAUGCAGUCCUCUUUGGAGGACUUUAGCCAUGAAUGAGGAGGGAGACAGGGCAUUGGCACGAUGAAGGAUCUCACUUCUGGAAAGGAUUUUUUGGAGACGGGGACACUUGAACAUGAACAGAUUGAAGGAACAAAGACAAGAAAAUGUUAUUAGUCAUGAAUGAAGAGGAUGGAAGAAACAGGAGAGGGAUGUCAGUUUCUAAAAGGAGGUGAAGAAUAGGGGAAGCAGUGGAGGGAGGAAAGAGGCUGAAGAGAAGACUGCUGGUUUGCAGGAGGGCAGAUGGAGGAGCUCCCAUAGGGGGCCUAGAUCAUGUGAGUGGAGAGAAGUCAGCCUUGCAGAAUGAGGAAUUCUGGGGGUGCUGUGAAGGUUUGGAGGCUUCAGGAGCCCUGGCUAGGUCUGGAGCUGCUACUGCAGAGGUACAAUUAAAAAUGUACCUGUGAAUGCUGCAUGUGACUACUGGAUUCUGGCUGAGAGAUCACAGCAGCCACCUGUGAUCUUUCUGUGAGGGCUUAGCCUCCAGGAGCUGAGUGGGAGUUGAAUGUGGGUUGGAGGGCCCCCUAGGAAAGAUCAAAGGGUGUGAGGUUCAGGAUGGGCAAACCUCUUAAGGACUGACUGGCCACUCUCAAGGGGCUGGUAGCCCAGAUGUCUGAUGGAGGAAGCGCCAAAUCAGUCUUUGGUAACAACAUGGAUAAAGGCCUGGGUGGGAGGGGUAGAGAGGCUGACAAAGGCUUCCUAAGGGAGGGCCCAGUCUGAGAGGGAAGUACCUUCUCCCCAAGACUGAUGAUUUAAAUUCUGACCUGCCCUUUGCAUGAUACCUUCCCAGCCUGGGAGAACUUGUUGCUCAGUAAGCAGACCCAGGUGCUGGCCUCUGUACCCACCACGGCCUCUGCCCUCAUCAUGACCUCUAC